AUGCAUUCCCUCGACAACGCCAUCACUGCUGUUGACGCGGUCAAUCAUCUCAUCGACAAUGCCGCUGAAAACGGACAUGUCGUCAAGACGCCUGCUGAAGAGGCGCAAGCUCGCGAAGCCAAAGCAGAGUUGGCUCAAAAAAUAUUUAAUCCCUAUGUCGGAUAUGGCUUAUUACGCAUCAUAUAA